UCUCGCCCUUUUCUCUCCCAAAGAAGACACCGACAAGACACCAGGUCUACCUACCUGUUUCAAAACACCCUCAUUCAACCGUCAAAAUGAAGUACGAGUCUACCGCCGCUCUCUUCCUCCUGCUCGGCUUGGCCGCUGCCCGUCCCGAUGUCCGGGCGGAGCCACUUGUGGCUUCCGCUAAGUUCCGGGUCAAGCGCGAGGUUCCUCAGGAGCAAUCGCACAAGAAGUUCUUGACCGGUGUCAAGGCUGCUCUUGACCUGAACAACGUCGACAAGGUCGUGGACCCUGUCUUUGCUCUCCUCGGCAACGCCGCUGCUGCUCAGGGUGCCGGUGCCGUCAAGGACCUCGACUGCCUGCAGCAGCGUGUCUCCGACCAGGCGUUCACCAACGCCAAGGCUGCCAACGAUGUCGAGGGCAUGACCAACGCCCUCGUCUUCAGAACUCUGGAGCGUAAUACUGGCAAGGUUGGCCUGGCCUCGGUCCUCUGCACAUCCGAGACUGCCAAGAACCCCGAGAUCGCCGCUCUUGAGCAGCACCAGGAUCCCGCGUCCGCCGGUGCCGCGGCCAAGAACAAGGAGAUUGUUCUCGAGCUCGCCCGCCAGCUCAACUCCAUCGGCGCCGACCCUCAGAUCGCUCUCGAGAGCGGCACCUUUGCUCCCGGUGACGUCAACGACGCCACCGGUGCUGGCAACACUUGCGACGACGAGAACGACGCCAUCGGCUGCAUUGAGACCCAAAACCUCCGUGUCGACGAUGCCACUGCCGCCGAGAUUGACGCGGCUGUCGCUGGUGGCAAUGCCGGUGGCAACGCUGGCAACGGCAACAACAACGGCAACAACAACAACAACGCGGGCAACGGCAAUGCCAACGCCGGAAACGGCAACGCCAACGAUGGAUGUGUUGUUGAUGGUGGAAACGCCAACGCUGGUAACGGCACUGGCAACGCGAACGCCGGCAACGGCAACGCUAACGCUGGCAACGGUAACAACAACAACACCGGUGAUGCCGCGACCGGCAACGUCAACAAGUUCACCGGCACCCUCGGCGCCGCUCCCGUCCCGAUCAACAAGUCCAACAGCAACCGCCCCUUUGAGGUCAACGGCUCGACCUUUAUCAACCUCGGCGCCGCCGCCCAGCGCGCCUGCGACGUGCAGAAGAACCAGUGUGCCAACGCCGUCAACAGCGGCUCGCUCGACGGCAGCGUGUCCGACUGCGACGCCCAGCAGCAGCAGUGCAUCCAGGCCAACGCUUAAAGCUUGACUGGAUGUAUAUAUUGCUUCUCGGCACACACGAUUGAAUUUCCUCUUAUUCUUUGAAGCGCCUUUCGCGGGCGUCGCUGUUCCUUCUGUACGAUGGGGAGCGGAGUUGGGUUGGGUACAGGAGAUGUCUUAUUUUCCCCGGGGAGAGAUUUUAGUGGAAGAAGAAGAAAAACAGAUAUGCUUGUCAGAGCAUAAGGGGGAGGGAGGGUUCUAGCUCUUCCCCUGCUUAUACGAUAUCAUGAAUAAAAAUGCUAGCCCCAAAACCUCGAAUUGUGU